AUGACGCGCCUGAAGAACGACGUGGCCAAGAAGUUCCGUCUUCCAUCGAUGCCCAAACUCGUGGCCACAGCGUCUAGACUUGCUGUCGUUGUACGUGCACUUACAUUUCGAGCAUCAAGAGCU